AUGACGUCUUCUUUCGCCGAUAGAGUCAUCGUCGUUGCUGGCUCUGCCUCAGGAAUGGGGCUCGCUACCUCGAAGACUCUCAUCUCAAAAGGGGCAAAGGUCGCAAUGUGCGACUUGAACGGCAAAAGUCUCGAAAAUUUCAGAAACGGCAUGGAUCCCGAGAUUCAAAGCCGAAUCCUCGUCAAGUCUGUCGAUGUCAUCAGUCGCCAAGGCGUUAAGAGCUUUUUGGCAGAGACCAUGGCAUACUUUGGAAAGAUUGACGGUGUUGCCAACUUCGCAGGCACUGGUGGCCAUGAACUUGGAACCCAAUCCAUCUGGGAAACAAGCGAUGAAGAGUUCCAAUUCAUCGUCGACCUCAAUGUCAAAGGGGCAUUCAAUUUCCUCGCUGAGUCGCUCAAACCCGGCGUGUUGACUGAUGGCGGGAGUUUUGUUCAUGUCGGGAGUAUGUUCUCAACCCAGGGGUUUCUUAGAGGUGCUGUCUUUGCUGGUUCCAAACAUGCCUCAUUAGGAAUGGUGCGGAGUGCAGCCAAGGAGGUCGGAGGUAGAGCCAGAGUCAACUGUGUGCUACCUGGCGCGAUUGAUACUCCAAAGCACCGGGCCAAUCUUGAAAGGGUGCAAGACUUCCCUGCACCGACAUUGGUUGGCGAUGCGCAAGAAGUUGCAGACGUCACAGUUUUCCUCCUCAGUGACAAGAGUACUUUCGUCAAUGGCGCUGCCUGGAGUGUUGAUGGCGGCGCUGGGCUUUGA